AUGUUCCCUUGCAGCUGGCACCCGCUGGUACUGGAUGAAGAUCGCCGAUGCUUCUCCCUCCACUGGCCGCAGGCCAUCACCGCGGAGAAGUCGCAGGACUUCUUCUUCAAGCUGCUAUCUGUUGCGCCUUGGGUGGAGCUCCUCAACACGAAGGGGACGAGCGUGACGCGAAGUACCUGCUGGUUCUCCUCUGGCGGAUGUACCUGCGACUAUGCCUAUGGUCGGGAGACGCGGGUGACCAAUGCUGAUGUGAUGAAUGCUGCAGACGGUCGUGCCCAAGUGGAGGAUAUGACCGGCUCAGACCAGUUCAUCCAUGGAUCCGUGGAGGCGGAGCCCCUCUCGGACGAGUCGCUGAGCGGCUUCAAGGAUGCAAUGGAGGAGAUCAUGCAACACGUGUUCGGCGACCUUUUCCCUGGAUUGGAGAAGGAGGCUUGGCCCAACAGCGCCAACAUCAAUCUGUACCGUGACGGCCGCCAGGGUGUUGGUUGGCAUGCAGACGAUGAAUCACUCUUCUGCGGCAAGGACUCCGACUGCCCAGUGGUCAGCAUCUCUCUCGGUGCGACCCGCGAGUUCUGGAUUGCACUGAAGACCGGAGCAGCCACUGGCCUCAGACGCCUGCAUUCCGGGCUUUGUUCUGCAGAUUGCCAACUUCCCAGCCACGUUCUCGCAACAUGCAACGACACCAAACAGCGCGCAAAGAUACCAGACAUCGAUUGCUCGAAUAUUGCGGCAAAUGCCAAUCAAAUCUCAGAAACUUCGCAUUGGAAUUCCAACUGCCGCUGCCCUCGCCGAGCCAUGCUGGCCGCUCUUGUCGCUGGAUCCGCGGCACCACCAUGCCCGGCCAAGGUGAGGUGGGGCAUCUCGACAGGUAUUAAAAGCUUGGCGGCUCAAUGCGGCAGCUGGAAUGUGAUUGCUCGAAAGCAGUGCCAAGAGCUGUGCCGCUGGCGGUGCCUGGCUGCAGGGGCUGCACUCACAGCGUGCAGGGCUCGCCGACAGCAUCGCAAAAGGACGAGAACUUCAGAAGCCUUGUACGUGAGUUUGGAGGAUGCCGUAAUUGAGGAGCCUUUGGAAGAGCCGCAUGUGUCACAGCUGGCCUCUGUGUUUCAGAGCUUAGUUGGAAAUGGCAUGGGCGUGAUCCCCACUGAUACUCAGCACGCUUAUGUUACUCCUGUGAGCAGCAAGAGUGGCGUGCGCCGGAUCUACGACAUCAAGGGCGUCGCAGCAGACCAGAGGAAACCACUCAGCCUGCUGUGCUCAGACUUGUCGAUGGCUUCGAAAUACUGCGAUGUGGCGGCGCUUCCUCGCAAAUGGUUUCAGAACAUGAAAGCGUGCCUUCCAGGACCCUACACCUUCAUACUCCGGGCAUCUGGCGAAGUGCCGCGGAUUGUCAUGGACCACAAGAGCCGAAGCAAGGUCUGGAAACGCCGCGAGGUUGGCAUUCGAGUUCCAAACAACUCCAUCGUGUGGCAGCUCGUCGAGGACUUGGAGGCUCCUUUGUUGGCCUCCUCAGCCCCAGAUUCUGCGGUGGAGAUCUGGACCGAGCAGAAGGACAAGCUGGAUUUCGUGGUGGGUGCUGAGGCAAUAGUUGAGAUGUGGGCCGGUAUGGAGAAGGAAGACCGCGUCUCUACAGUCGUCGACCUGACAAUGGAGGAGCCGGUCUUGCGUCGUCAGGGCCUAGGCGAUGUCAGCAUGUUCGACGAUAUGGUGGAUGCAGCCAUGUUUGAAUAG